AUGAAGCUAAGCGCUAUCUUCUUGCCACUAUAUCUUUCACUAUCUGUAGUUCGUCCACUUUUAUUUGACAAAGAGAUAGAAGUUAUCAAUGGAUAUUACUCAGACGUAACAGUAGCAAUAAGGCAUGUUGAGUUCAUAGGUACUGUGGACAAUGGAACUUUGGACUGUUUUAUCCCCGGCUUCACGCAGUUUAGGUGGGAGCUUAUAAACAAAGUAAGUGGUGGACCGUAUACUGAAUCGGCCAGCCUCAUUUUGGAUGGCGAAAUCAAGGAGCACCAAUCUACGCUAAAGAUUGGCAAAGGCGGCUUCCCCAUGGCAGCUGAGAUGUUAGUUGUCUCCUGCGAGGCGAUGUUAAGUGGGAGACCACAAUUUCAAAUUAUUUGGGUGGUCACAAGGUUGCACUCUCCACUAGGAUACCCAACAGAUCCGAAGUUUUGCACCUUUAACCAGCCGAGGGGUUUUGAUGACACAUGCGAUCAUUUUAAGUGGGUGUUUAACACGGAUUGUUACUCUGGCGAUGGUCGGGAGUACAGAGGUAAUACGUACCUGGCUCAAAGUAACCCGCCUGUGGUAUGUCAUUAUUGGAAUAUGAACUUCAUCUCUGUUGAUUAUCGUAACGUAGACUUGAAAAAAGAGCAACGGUACUGUAGGAAUCCAACCAAGGAACACAGCCCUUGGUGUAUUGCCACUUCGACCAAUAAGAAACAAUUCUGUCGCGUACAAGAAUGCUCCGAUUGUAUGUAUGGAAACGGAAAUGAGAUCUUAGAUAUUUAUGACUACGUUGAUCCUGUGUCAAAGUGGAGGCAGAAGUUCCCAAAAUACAACGGACGAACCCUCACCACUCUUAAAGAGGACGAUAAUGGACGACCACGUCUGUGUAUGACCGGAAAAGGAUUCGAAUCAAAUCUUUGUCGUCCGAGAAAGGGCAAGCCGACACCGCACUGUUUUGUCUCAAAAAAUAAGGCAGAUGAGCCUCACAUAAAGUCCAUGAGUGAUAGUAGACUGGAGCUUGUUGAAUGUAGGAUACCUCAGUGUACGGUCAGACAAGUUUGGUUUCUGUUUUUCGACACUACUGGAAUGCCAUACCUCAAAGAAUCUAACUCGGAGGCCGUUGAAAUAACACUGUUUGACGGUCAGAGACUGUACAUUUUUUUUGGCACUUUUGGAAUCCACUUUACGAACGGCUUCAGUAUUGGUUCUGAAGAUCCGCGCUUGGCUAAAUUUGCUAAAAAUUUUGUUGUGAAAGGCCGAAGGCCACCAGACAAGCUUAGUACCCUACAUUUCGGUGUAGUCCGCAAAAAAAUGAAUGGAAAAUAUUUUAUUCAAUAUACAUUCGCAGAAGGAAAUCCCAGAAUUCAGCAAAUUAUUUACAAAGCCAACUUCAGACUUGACAUACGCGACCCAAUGAGUUUAUCGUUUAGGCCAAACAUCGUGGAACUUUGCAAGGGACAGAGUGGAAGCUUGAGCAUUCUCGUUUCUGGAGGUUUUAAUGUCGACGAUAACAGUAUCAAGUGGAAGUUCGGAUAUUCAAGAACCAGUGUUAAUCAGGAUAUAUCACCUGAGCACCCAUUGUUUGAACUCUCCAAAGAUUUUAAAAAAUUGACUAUUAAGGCAUUGGAGAGAGAAACUUGGGUAUACGUGGAAGGAGACUCCAUGUCGGGAAAAUCAGCAACUGCAGGUUUAUUCAUUGUAAAAAGUAAGUUUUUUUGAGGAACUAGUUUUACUGGAUAUACAGCUAGCCUCAUCUUCUGGGAUCACCAUAUUUUUACAAAACCUUGCAUUGGUUUUCGCGAUGAUACAAAAAACUUCAAGUGAUUUUUGGAAAACGAUACAUGGUGUUUUGACCACAUGUCAAACACCGACAGGACUUAAUCUGAAAAUACAAAUCGAAGUAUAGUUUUUUGUGGACUUUAAAGUGUUUGAAAUUACUAUGAAAAACUACUUUUCUCGAAUAUUUCUUCACUUUUUGGGUUCAAACGUAAAGCAAAAAUUGCGGAGGAGUAAUCUGAAUACCAAUCUGAUCUAUAAUUUCCUUCAUGUCUGGCUUGUAAGAAUUAUGGCUACCUUUUAUAAGGCCAUAAAUACAAAACAGUUAAAUACUUGUUGUUAUGCAGCGCAUUUAAGGAAAAAACAUAUUUAUCCGCUGUAUUACAACGCUUGCAUUAGUACAGGUAGAAAAAAGUGUUUCUAAUUUAUUUUGGACCUCGAUUCAUAGCUCAACCUCAUCUCAUCCCAAAGUCACCGUCUCAGAUAUUCGCUUUGCCUGGUGAUGAAAUCUCUCUGUCUGUAGAAACAGAACGUGGUUUAAGAACAACGUGGACGUACGAGGCACAAAUAAUACCAGAAGUUCCUGAAGACCCUGAAAUGGCAUUCGAACGAGGCCUUAAAGAUAACAAGAUUUCAGAAACUCUUGUCAUUAGCUCAUUGGACUGGAGGCACUAUGGAAUCUACGUUGUCGAAACGGAAAAAACUGGCUGUCGCGAGGCAAUAACAUUUAAUAUCAAGCACGACAAAGGUAAUCAUUUCAUGGCAUUUUUUACUAAGAAGAGCUUUUUGUAAAUCAUAGUAUACUCUGUAGCUGAUAUUUCCCGAUCUGUAAACAGCUGUACUCUUGGGUGCAUACAUGCGUCGUCUGUUGUUGUAUGCACCUCACCUACAAGCCUUGGAAAAAACGUUAAAUUGCCGGAUGACGAAGACACUCAUUAGGGUAUAAAUUUUCCAAGUAUGCUGUCGCAAAUCUCAUGUUAUGCACGUUUUAAACAUUUUUUGCAGCGUUUAUGUGGAUUUUUUUAAUUAUAUAUUUGUUAAAUUUUGAACAGAAAAGGAAAUCGAUCAAGCACCCAACUCUAAUGCAUCAUCUGUUGACGAGGAAAACAAUGAUGGCGAGCAGCCUGGUGUUCGAACUACGGGUAAGUCAGAUAAAAAAAUACAUAAGUACUAAAAAUUUGGAAGAAAUAUAAUGCAGGAUCAUCAAGCUAAUGUAAAAAAAAGAUGAUUGUGCAUGUAUCAUUAGCUUAUCAUUUGACCUUAUACCAGAGAGCGCGCUGAUGAACUGGGUUACAAAUUAUUCCUGCUCGUUCUAAACUCAUGUGGAAAAAAACAAUCUUUUUUCAAAUUGUCCACAAUGUGGACGCUUUCCUGAUCUGUUCCUAUUAAUUCUUCCAAAAGAUAAGUAAUGCGAUAUUUAGGAGCUGCAAGACGGCAGCGACAACCCUUGCUGCCAGUGAUAUCUUGCAGACCAGGAUGUCAGUAAAUAACGUGGAUGGAUGAACUGGAUGUAUAAAUGCAGACUGGUCCCAUGGCCAAGGUAUGGAAGAAGCAAUGAGGACGUACAAAAAAAAUACACAGUUUAUCUAUCCAGUUACGAAAUGGGAACCUUGAAUACCAUGAAAGAAUCUCCGCUUAAAUGUGUCUCGAAUUGGUGUUUUUCUCAAAAGUAGGGCUAGCGUUCGCAACUGAGCUUUGCAGAGGCCAAUUUACUUUAUUAACUCAGGAGCUGUUUGCAUAAAGGGAGGAAAAUUCUAGCACCAGGAAGAUGCUAGAAGACGGAAGACUUUUUAAUGGGGUUUACAUGCAGAAUUUUCUGUCCUUGUGGUUUCCAAGUAGAGAAGGAAUUUAAUGCCCCAUUCACACCAACUAAACAUGUUUAAUUUUAAAACAAGGUUUUGAAAAAAUGAGAAACAGACAUGGAAAACAAGAACACAAGGUUUCACACAGGAUUCAUAAGAAAUUCAACAUGUUUUGUAAUUUGCACUAAAUUUGCAAUCAAUUUAAAUUAGUAAACAGCUUUUAUGAAGGAAAGAAAAUUCAAACCAUGUUUAACUAAACAACUUUUAAACAUCUUUAAGCUCCGGUGUGAAUGGGGCUUAAAAAUUCAGUUUGGGCCCUUCUAGUCUUUUUACUGCGUUAAUAACUGCCUUUAAUUUCAGCAGAAUUAUCACAAUUAACACCCCUUGGUAACGGAAAAAAAGAAAUAGUCGGCCUUGAUUGCUGUGAUUAUCCACUGAACGACCCAUCGACAUUUUAGUCGGAUUUGUCCCUAGUGCUAGGAUCUUCCUAGCGAAAACAGUUUACAUGGUGCUAGGAUCUUCCUAGUACAAGGAUUUUCUCUCAGCUAGGAAGACCUUCGUACUAGCCAAGGACAAUCAUAGCGCUAGGGACAAGUACAACCCUUGGUAUGUAAUCUGAAUACUGAAAACAGGAUGAUCCUCCCUCUAGGAUCUUCCUCUGGUGAUACGAUCUUCCUCUCUACAUGUAAACAGCCUUUUAGUUGAUAAAACCAAAUUUUUGAUUUCACUUCCCAGCAGACGUGUCACCACAGAUUCUUUAGAAACUAAAACCCUCUUACAUCGACUGGUUGAGCUUGGUCAAAUAAACUGUAUGUUCAACCUUUGAUUAAUAAAAGGGAAAAAAAGGGACGUUUGUUCUUAAAAAGAAAAUGUUUUCCUAGUUUUUAGGUAAGCAGCAUUUGCUGGAUGGAAUCUCUCUGCAAAUAAUUAGGUACGUGACAAAUAUGCUGCUUUAACAAUUCUUUGUUUAUUUUUGUUGCAGGAAAGUGUGCUGUUCAACAACUGAAGUUAGUCAAGCAUGAUAAGAGAAACUAUGCAACCAACUGGACGAUAGGUAUGUAACUACAGCCCCCUGUGGGUGGUGGUGUGGAUCACGGAGCUCGCAAAGGGGAAUAUGCUAGUCUGUGAUUUAUCUUAUCAUUUGGAAACAAACAUACAAAUUGUUGUUGCCAACCGUCGCACUAGAAGUUGCCAGAUUUUUUGCAGAGACGAGGCAUACCCUCCCCUCCUUCUUCCCUAACCCAAAAGCGUUUUGAAGUCUAGACGCUCCUCGAACGCCGUCCUUCUCAUUUUUCAUAAGCGGUAUAUCUCAGAAAAAGUAAUCCAGUUCCCAAGGCCCCCCCUUUCAUAUAAAGUAUUGUGUUGUCGCUUAUUGUUUCCAUUCGUGAUAAUGUUCAAGAGGAUGAGAUAACGUGAGGGACGUUAAUCUAAGACUGCAUGAGCAGACCAAUCUAGCAAUUCGGGUAUUCCAUGAUUUAAUCACUACUAUACAGUCAGAUUAGUAUAUUCUUAAAUCAGCUACCGGUCUAGCCAGACAGUUCUUACUUUCGCAAAGCGCCUUUACUUUUUGUUGUAUUAAAAAAACAAAGAAACAAACAAUAAAAAAAAUCCGCUUGUUAAGAAAGAAAUAUAUUCUUUAAACCCUAGAAGUCCCAUGUUACAGCAGUGAGGAAGACGGUACAUCAAUUUCCAGUCAUGCAUUGGAAGAGUUAUCACCUUGCAGUGUAAUCACUGGUUACAGUUUCACUACCAGGACACAUAGACUCUUCAAGCUCCUUAUAAGUGCCAACGAAACUAAAAACAUGAAGGAGUACAAAGGCGACAUAAAUUUAAAGGUAAAAGAUUUGAUUAGCCGCAGUUCUCAGCUUAAAGUGACAACGAUUUUGUUUCGUCAUUCCUUUACCCGUAUGCAACCGUCGUAGACAAGAAAUUCCUGGCCCCUUUUGUUCAAAAGGUGGAUAACAAUAUCCACCAGAUAAAUCUAUGCGAGGCAGAAUAACCAUAACAUAGCAAAAGCGUUCAAAAGACUUGACAUAAAUAAGAGACUCCUUCAGAGCCGUAGACUUACAAAUUCUCGUUCAUGUUGGAAAACUGAUACUGCGGAUUGGUCGGAAUCAUUUGCGUGAGUGAUCUGGGACAUUGUCAUUAAAGCAAAAUUGCAAGAACUUUGAAAGGAAAGUUGACCACAUCUGAAGAUCGACCAUGCAGUGGCAGCUCCUGGCUGUUCAUAGCAACUAGGCAAAGGUUAAAUAGCGAAAUCCCCUCUUUAGUACUUUUGCGCAUGCGUUAAACAACCGACUCAACCAUGAAGGUGUUUUGUAUGCGUCCAGUGAGUCAAAUACUUUAAGCAGUACGCGUGAACAGAUCAAGUUCUUCUUGAUUCAUAAUCUAACACGUUUAUUACAAAAAUCUGCUUGAUAUUUUUUGUUUUCAGACAGAUUAUAUUGUGAGCAAUAACGAAGAAGCCUGGGUGUAUCAUUACUACUUCUCUGAACCAGUUCCUGCUCGUUUUGUGCAGUUUUCCGCUGAUCAAAGCGAAGACUCACAGUGUUUGUAUGGUCUGACUUUGAGUGGUUGCACGUUAGGUAUGAACGCAAAGCGAGGUUAAGUUACGAAGGGUUACUAAAUUGAUAGAGGUAAAUAAAUGUUUUGCAACAUGUUAUUUUUUUCAGUCAGUUCCUUUUAACAAUGAAAUAAAACAACAUUUAUUGAAAAAAAUUCCUAUAACUAGUUUAGAUGAAUAAAACGGCAAUGGCUUGUACUUAAAAAGACCUCGAUAUGUGCACUUGCGUACGCAAGUGCGUUGGGUAGGGUCAGAAUAUUUUUGCGCCUCUGUCGCUAUCUUUUGUUUUCAAACAAACUUCUUUUCAUUUACGCCACAUAAGGAAACCACAAAGGCUUCCAAUUUUAGUCUUCUACAUUUUCUACUUAAAAUGUGUCCUUUGAAAGGAAAAUUAAGAGUCGAAAACAUCAAUUAAUUCGCUAACGGCCUUUUAAAAUGGGCCGUUGCUGGAUUGGUUGAUAUUUUCUACCUUUUUUGUUCAGUCUCAUCACGUAAUGCUGUUGCGUCAGGCCUCAGGCCAAACCGAAAGACAUGUAUGGAAAAACGCAAUGAAUAUGCUUUACUCAGCAAUUUUGUGAUAACGUGAGAAAUGGUGAUCACUUGGUACUUUGUUUUAAGCAAAUAAAUAAUUUCAUGUUUGAAGCUUUCUCCACACCCUCAAGUAAGCCCCGUCCCAGAAAGUAUAAAAAGAAGAAAAUUCUAAAGCACUACGACGAUCUUUUAAGUAAAUGCGCUGAGUGUGCCAGCAUGUAUGGCUAGAAUUAUAUGAAAGGUGUUCGUAACGACCAUGGAAUUUAUUGGUUUGCUUCUUUUUCCAGUAAAGUCUCGAUGUAAACCAAAGAGUUUUACGUCCGAUGACAUUCUGUGUGGUGAUCGCCAAAGUUCUCUUCUUAAUAAGGAAGAAGUUAGAAAGCUGGCUUCCUGCAGUCUUAUUACCAGCUAUCAGUUUGCGUCAAAUGUAUCAAGAAGCCACAAAUUGAUGAUAAGCGGGUUGAAUUCCAAGCUCUUGACGGAAUAUGAUGGAAAUAUGCAAGUGGAAGUAAGUACAAAAAAAGAUUAUGCAUAUAGAAAUGCUUUUUUGCUCCCUUACCCCUUACACAACAGGCCUGGGUCCAGACCUGAGUCUUGAGGAAAUGAUUCUUUCAGGUGUAACAAAAUUUAUAGGCAAAAGACAAAAUUCCUCAAAGCGGGCACCAAAUUAAAGUUAGAGUCAAAAAUUUCAGUUUUGAAGUGGUACCCGUUUAAAAACAUAGGUUAUGUAGGACUUUACAGCGUAUCAAGCAAUGCAAGUUCGUCAUCACUAUCAUUAGGUGUAAAGGCUUCUCUGACAUGCUUAAAAGUACAUUGUGUAGAAACCAUUUAAAAUAUACCCCGAACGAGGUUUUUCGUGUUUAAUGUGUAAGAAAAUUGAUACGGGUUUUUAAACUCAUAAACAUUUUGUUUCAAGUCAGAGUAUUCGGAAGGCGAAUGGCUAUUCUUCAACAGUUUAGAUGAACCAGCUCCAGCUAGAUACGUUCAAUUCGUUCCAACUGAUGAAGCUGGCGGUCCUCUGUUGUUAAAUAAACUGCAGAUAACAGGAUGUAGAUUAGGUAAGUGAAUACAAGGGACGCUAAGAUGCUUACAUCUAAAGCUACUUCGAGAAUAGGAAAGCUAAGGCAAAUUUUGGCAUUCACCGAUACAUACAGCACUAUCGUUGUUGCAAUGCGCUGUUGCAUAUUCAAUUAGACGACGAUUCAGGAGCACCCAACGAGAAUAUAGUUCAAAACCACUUAAACAUAGAAUUGUUAAACGUAUUUUAGUAUUUUAACGGUAGAUAUAGGCAUAUUUUUAUCCCCUAAAAAUUUUUCAUCUGUUCGGAUUUCCUAGCUGAAAAUCAAGUCAUCCGAAAAUUAUAGGGAUCAAAACUUACCUUUUCGAAAAUUUGAGCCGAAAAAAAGGCUCCCGAAAAUUCUAGAUGACCUUUUUAGGGUAAAAAUCCGUUAAAAAUAGGCAAUUAUACCAUUUUUUAGAUUUUCGAAAAUCCUAGGAGAGGCAGGCAAGCAAGAAAUUUUGCAACAAAUGUUGCGAAAAUUCUAGAUCUCAAAUCGUCUUCCGAACAGAUAUUUUCCCGAAAAUUGUCGUUGGGUGCCCCUGACGAUUGUUCAGAUCGUUAUUCCCAAUACGGACCAUUCUUUGUUCAUAUAUUCAAUUAGCUAUAGAUCGCGCUAAAAACUAUUAUCCAUUGUGCAGUGUAACUUUGUAGUUAAGACCGUUAGGACGCUGAAUAAACUUCGCUCGUGAUAAGUUGUCUUGUCAGGAUAUUUCUUUAUGCUAUAAUGAGCUAAGCGUAUUUAAUUUGACCACAUUAAUAAACGUUUCUUACUUACUUAGUAAAUACUUACUUACUGGAAGCGGAAAGCACAUGAGGAAUCAAUUGUCUCAGUGUUGACAGAGCGAAAGGAUCCCCUUUUCCAUUUUAAACCUUUUUAUUAGAAUCACACUGGCUCUUCCUGUAACGUUUAUGAUAAACAACGCUUUGUUAAAAUCAAGUGAUGGAAUUGCUGAAAGUCAUACCUUGUAGAAAUAGGUCAUUUCUCUCUACUAUGCAUGGAAGUCUGGUGAUGAAAUAACUCCUGUGUUUUUUUUCCAGACAAACACUGGUGUACAGUUGAUUGGUUUCUAUUUAGAGAAAUGGGUAUGAAAUGCGAUGACGAUCAAGUCACUCCGAUUUACAGUGAACAUCCAGUAUUAGACCUGCCAUCUUGCAGUUUAAUCUCAAGUUAUCAGUUUCUUGGCAAAAGCGCAAAACAACACGCUUUGUUACUAAGUGGAAACAAUCCCUCGCUGAUGAGGAGCUUUCCACAAGGUCUUAAAAUUCAGGUACGUACAUGUAGUUUUCAAGAUGGAAGAGUUCAGGUUACCACUUCAUGUAAGGUAAUCCAAGACAGUCUUAGAAUCAGGAUUCAACUCUGUGGAUUCAGAAUUCCGUGUCGGUGGAACUUGGAUUUCAAUCGUUAGCGGGUUUCCAGAUCCCGUAAACUGAAUCACGGAUUCCAAAACCUAGUAAGCUUCCGGAUUCCACAAGCAAGAAUUUCCUGGAUUCCUAAUAGGGCGGUGGUGAAACGUUAUCCGCAAACAGACUGAUAACCAAUCAAAUAAACCAGUUUCUAUCUAUGUUACUUUUUAAAUUACUGACAAGCAAAAAAGGCAACUCUAAACAGCAUUUCAAAAAAUUUACCCCAUACAAUGCAGACCUGUCGAGCUAUUAAAUGUGUUAGAUUUCUAUCUUUAUGUUUCUGUCUUCUCUGUUUAAUUUCGUAAGAGUAUAUCGCAAGUUAUAUACACAAAUGGCCUGCAAUUUUCUCUGCGUCGGUUUUUUUAGAGUAUCUUUAUUUUCAAAUAGAGUUUUCAGUCGCUGAGAUUUUCAAAUCUUACAGCGACCGUCGUUGCACCAACGGUCUUUAGGAGUCGCAACUCAGGGAGACUGGAGAAAACGAGAAAUCUCGUCGGGGUUGUCUUUUUGCUAAAAUAUAUUAUAACAGUUCCUAAAUAAUUAACCAGGGCGUUUGAACUAACAUAGAUAGUUUUUUUUUCAGUCAUUUUACUACAAGGACGAUGAAUGGGUGUUUGUGUGCAGCUUUUCCGCACCUGUUGCAGCUCGGUAUGUGCAGUUCGUCUGCAAUGUAGAGGGAAACAUCACAUGCUUGCAAAGAAUAUCAGUUAAUGGCUGUCCAAUAGGUAUGCCUUUACAUUAGUGUGUAGAUGCUGACCAAAAAUGCGGUACUUUGACUUGCAAUCACAGUUGAAAGGGCAAGGUACUAUUCUAAUAAGCCUGAAAUUUGGCUUUUUUGUUGGCUAUUAGCCACCAGCUAUCUGUUUACUUAAUGUUGCGCAUGCUUGUAUAGUGCUUCAUUUGCUCUACCAAAUAGACGACUCCUGCAAAUUGUCUAAGCCUUGAUGCGAUUUCGUAACAACUAGUUAUUAAAUAAUUAUUAAGCCGAGUCGAUUAUAGCUGAACUAAUUUGUUCAUUAAUAUAUUCACUUCCUCAAUUAAUUCAUUGAUUGGAAUUUAUUUUUAAUAUUUAAGAGGAAUCGUGGUGCGAAGAGCAAUCAUUCAAGACAAAGAUUGAGGAGUAUGAAAUCAGACGAAACUUUUUCCACAGUAAUCUAGGAAAAGCUCUACUCAAGGCCACCAUGGCUUCAAUUGUCACUCCAUUUGUGAUGUUUCUUGUUGGAAGAUACAACUUGGACGGAAGGUUAGUUAAUCGUGACAGGGCUUGCUCAGUCGGUAGAGCGCUUGAUUGCAGAGUGGGAGGUCGCGGGCUUAAGACCACGUAAAAUGGCGGUCCCUUCUCUAGUAGGAGACGUAAAAGAGUGUCCUCAGUUAGCACUUUUAACACUCAAAUUGAUUAUAUUGGCAUAAAGACUACUACCCCUCCAAGAACCUUUAAGCAUUUACUCUUGAAAUCGAAUACAUUUGUUUGCAUUUUGGCAGUGGUCUUUUUCACUAAAUCGCACUCAUUCGGGGCAUGAAUCACAAAAAUGUCUCCCUCUUGCUCAAGUUGACACUUAAAGUUUUUGGAUUUUUUUAAAUGGGGCGACUGUGAGGUGAAUUGAUAUUACCUAAGUAUGUGCCCAAGGGGUAUUUCAAGUCUUUUGCUGCCUCUAGUGCUUCUCCAUCCAGCUGUCCAUCACUCUUUUCCACUGACUUAAUAAAGCUUCUAGUUUGCCUUUUUUUAUUAAUAUCUUUUAACGCAUUAAAAGUGUUUUAAUGUUCCACUUUUGUUUCAGGCUGAUCACAAAUUUCUUAAGGCUGAUAAUGAAAUUGAGACAAAUUUCAACAUUGAAGAAAACGAUGAAAAAAGAAGAAGAAAUAUCUCGGGGAAGAACUACAUCAAAUAUAACGCAUUUGAAGAACAUUAAAAGCCACGAAUAAAUACUUAAGUGUAUUCUUUCUGUUGUUUUUUAGUGUUUCUUGCAGUGACAAGGGCAAUUCGGAAAAAAAAAAGCCGGAUAGUUUUCAAUGCAUUAGUCGAUCCUGUGGCCUUCUCGUCACUGGUCCAAUUUUUUUGCAAGUGAGUUACAAGUUACUUACAGUA